UUUACAGAGGGUUGCUUGUGUAUUUCUUGUGAAAAAUUUUAAUAAAAAUUCAAUUUAAUGAAAAUUCAUGAAAAUCGAAUAAAAAUAAAUUAAUACACAAUGAUUAGCGAUACCUAAGUGAAUAUUUAACAACAAGAUCAAAGUGAAAGCUUUAAAAAGAAAUAUAUUUCCGUUUUUCCAUAAGUUUGUACUUGCCGUGGAAGAAAAACACACACACGCACACGGAGUAGUAAGAGAGACAGGAUUCACAAUGGAACGUUUUGCUAUAAAAAUCGACAGAAAACUUAAGGCAAAUUUGUAUAAAAUAUGUCGCCUUUGUGGCAUAGACAACCCGGAUAUGGUUCCAAUUCUAACUGAUAAGCAGGAAAAAAACGAAAAUGCAGCAAUCGAUGUGGAGGCUGAAAUGGAGAUGCAUCAAAAAAUAAAUUUACUAAUUGGACUGAUGGUAACAAAGGAUGAUAGAAUGCCACAGACUAUGUGUUGUUUGUGUGUUGACAAAAUCAAUGAUUUCUACGAGUUUCGUGAAAUGUGCUAUGCCACAAAUGCACAAACCCGGAAAUUGUUGGGCUUAAAGAACAUCAAAAAGCCGCCAGCAGAUAUAAAACCGAAAGUUGAAGUAAAAGAAGAAUCCAUUGUACCCACAUCCAAUACCGCACCCACACCUGCUGUGAAUAAAAAUGGCAAUCGUAAGCGAAAAACCGAGGAAGUGGCUUUGAAGGAGGAAAUACCAGCAGUGUCCGCUGUUCUUCCAAAGAAAAAAUUACGUUUUUCUGCACCUGCAGAGUCAACAGUUAAGGAGGAGGCUCCUGUGGUGACAAAGAAAAAGUUAAGAUUCACUGUGAUGAAUGAUGAACCCACACCACUCGCUGCUAGCAGCACUAAGAAAACGAAGAACGCCCCAACAGAUGAUACUAAAUUGAAGAAAGAACCCUCACCACCAGUACCAGCACCAUCCCCAGCGGUUAGUAAUAAAAAGUUAAGAUUGGCAGCGCCUCCUCAAAAAGAGGCGGCCACUAAAAAAUCUAAACAAAAAGGCGGUAAGAAUGCGGAACAAAAAGAAUUGGAUGUUAAAGAAGAAAUUAAAGAGGAAAUUAAAGUAGAACCUGCACCUGUGACAGCAUCUGCUCCCGCAGUAAAAGUUCCACCAGCAGCAAAAGUUCCUCCAGCACCGAAAGUUCCUCCUGCGCCAAAACUGAAAUUUGGUUGCAACAUUUGUAAGGAACGUUUUGCAGCAAAAGUUAAUCUGGAAGCACACACUCGGACCUCACAUUUACCUAAAAUUGAACGUUACGUUUGUACGGCAUGCAAUGAGGUGUUAAGCAAAAGUUUCGACAUCAAAAAUCAUCAAUUGUGGCAUAAACUUUCAAAAACACCAUAUAUUUGUGGUUGCUGCGGGGAGUCUAUUUUAAAUACUUAUGCAUUUUCAAGGCACUUACGAGAGCACGCGUUCGAAACACCACCAGCUCUGCUUGUUUUAGAUCGGGAGUGCCCCCAGUGUCACACUUCGUAUGCUACGAAUUUUCUUUACAAUAUACACAUAUGUGCUGUAAAAACAAGACGUUGUGCUGGAUGCAAUCGUUUACAGCGCAAUGAAGCCGAGUAUCUAAAACAUUCCGCACAGUGUGCCAAAGUCUACUUAAACUAUUCGAAACAUAUAAUGCCAUCCGUAGAGGCAUUGGAAGAUGCAGUGCGUAUUAAAAAUGAAAACGAUGUGGAAGCAGCAGCCGAAGAAAUGGCGCGCAUUAGUGGUCUACCGCUAGACAUGGCUCCUGUUGUGCAAUUAACACGUUUGUCGUCACCACUCAUCAUGGCAGCUAAUCAUUGUGUAUCAACAACUGGACUAGAUGAUGCGGCAAGUACAAGCAGCAAGAAGAGUGGCAAAAAGGGUGUUUCGAAAAAAGAAUUGAAACGUGUCGAUGAACUCUUGAAGUCAACCUUAGAUGCAUUGGUUAGCAUUAAACAUGAACCGGAGGUACACGUGGAACAGGAAACCCCAUGUGCUGGUGAACACAGUGAUAAUGAUGAUCAUAAUGAACAACACGAGGAAGCUCAGGUGGAUGAUCAUGUUGGUGGCCUAGAUGAUUCUCAUCAUCAUAAUGCUGAUGAUUCUGAUAAUGAUAAUGAGGGAGAGAAUAUUGCAACAAAUGUUGCCACUACCGUUAAAACUAGUGUGACAACGGAAACGGCCAUGGAACAAAUUAAAAUCAAACAAGAAGUUGAUGAAACAAAUGAAGAAAAUGCUAAUAAGAUUGGUGGUGGUGGCCUUAAAUUAAAAAUCAAAAAGGAACAUGGCCAAUUGAAUUCGUCCAUAAUAGAGCAACAAAAAUCUUCAGACAAACGGGCUGAAAAGCGUAAGAAGAAAAAGAAACACAAGGAUAAGGAGAAGGACAAACAAAAGUUGUCAAAGGACAUGCAUGACGAACAAGUAUCACAAGAUUCGAAUGCUAAUAAUAACACUGAGGUGAAUGUGGCAACUUUAAAACCAAUUCGUAUUAAAGCAGAACCUCAAGAUGGAUCUGAUGCUGCAGAUAUGUUGUCUGUGUCUACUACCAUACAAAUGAGGCCACAUCCAGAGGCUACGAUCAUACAAAUGAGGCCACAUCCAGAGGCUACGAUCAUGACAUCGAUACCAAUGAUGCAAUUUCAAAUUGCUUGUGUUUCGAGUGGCGUUGAGUUCAAUAGUGGAGCUGCCAGUACAGUUGUUGAAACUCAAAAACCAGUGCCACCAGCAAAUCACGAAACUGAGCCAGAGGAUGUUAAACCAAAUCGUGAAGAAUUGGAUCGGAUGUUAAAAAUAUCACAUGUUAGUAGUGGCAUUGCUAUGGAAACAGGUGAAGCAGAAGAAACUGAAGAGCAUGAACCCAUGGAUCAUGAUGGUAAUGAUGAUGAAGGAAAUGGUGGAGACGAAGAUGAGGAUUAUCAUGAAGAAAGUAAUGAAGAUGAUCAUCAUGACGAUAAUGAUAAUGAAUCUGAAAAUCAAGUGGAUAAUCAAUCUGAUCAUAUUGAUGAUGAACAAGAGGAUGAUGGAGAAGAAGAGGCGCAAGAGGCAGAGGAUGAAGAAGAAAACGAUAAAGACAUAGACAAGACAUCUGAGGAUACAGGAAUUGACAAUGAAGAGAUUAUUGCUAAGAAGAUCAAGAAGCCCUUAUUGAAACCUAAAUCUAAAUUAACCUUGAAACCUAAAGUUAAAGAGACGCCAACUGUCGCAAAAAGUCGCAAUAAGGCUUGCAAAUCUACAGCAAAGCCUCCGAAUAUGCCCGUUUUACAAAUUUCUGCUGUACGCAGUGGAGUUACAUUGGAGCCAUCAGCUCCUAGUGCCAGCGACUUUAUUCCAAUAUUUAUUAAGCCAGAACCCCAAAAUCGUGGUUAUUCUGAUGAACAGCCAUUAGUUGAACAACCACCACCACAACCCGAAAUCGCGGACACCCAAGACGAGGAAACUGAGGAAUUAUCUCCAAGUCAUAAUGCUGAGGAACAGAAUUAUAUUUCUUCUAUUGAUUUUAAUAAUAUAACAAUCAAACAGGAGAAGGGCAUUGAAAUAAAUGACGUUCAAAUCUCACAAAAGUCUGUUAAAUCGUAUGCAGAUUUUAAUGGCAUUAAAAGGAAACGCAAGCCUGUUCGCCGUGCUCAUAUUGUUAAGGAUAAAACAUUUAAGAAGGGUGAAGAAGGUGAAAAUAAUGAUGGAAAUAUGGAUGCAGAUGAAGAGCACGAAACGGAUGAGGAAAUCGAGGAUGAAGAAAACGAUGAUGAAGAUAUAGAAGAAGAAGGGGAGGAAGAAGAGGAUGUUGAGGAAGAGGAGGAUGAAGAAGAGGAUGAGGGAGAGGAUGAAGAAGAGGAAGAAAGAGAGUACAGAGAACUCGAAUAUCCCCCAGAACUGCAUGAAACGAAUGCUGAGAUUGAAUCGGAAGACCAUCAAGCUGAAACUGAUGAAGAAAUUAACAAGACAUUAGAUGAAACUCAGACAUCUAAACAGGUGUUGGUUAAUGAAGCCCAAAUGAACGUUAGUAUUAAGGAAAACAUCGAUGACACAAAUCAAGUUGUACACAGUAACAUGACAGUACUGUCACCACCUAACGAAAAGCCAUCAUUGGUUAUAGCAAGUGUGUGCAGCCAGGCGCCCAUUGGUACUUUUGAGAAUGCCGACCUAUCUAAUAAUGACAAAGUGAAUAUGGAUCAUAAACAAGAUCUAACGAAUCAAUACAAUAACCUCCUAACACCGCCUACAGUGGUCGAUACGAACGAAUGCAAUUUGCCUCAGAUAUUAGAUCCUAGUUCGGUAAAUGUGAACGCAAUAGAAGAACCAAAUCGUGAUAUAGAGAUAGUUAUGUCAGAAACCCCAAGUCCUAAUAACACAUUAACAAAUUCAGCAGUUGCAGGUUCUUCCCAAAACGAACCUGUGAUACAUAAAGAUUCGAAUAUCACAAUUACAUCUGGUGAAACCCAAGCUGAAAAUACUCAUCCUUUGCCACCAACACUGCCUACGCCAGAAUUGAAGGAAAAUAUACACGCCAAUGAAAUGUCAUUACAACUUGGGCAACCAUUCGAAGUGAGACCAGAUGGACAAAUAGCACAAGAUUUAAAUCCCAGACAAGAACCGAACAUUUCCGAUUCUACCUUACAGUCAUCUCAAAUAACACAAAAUUCUGGUGAACAAUCACAAUGUCUUGGUCCACUUGCGAAAGACCAAUUAAGUACUAUUCUAGAUACUCAAACAAUGCAAAAUAUUGGACAAGAACUUCAAUAUGCCGAACAAGGUCCUCAAGAAAACGCGGGACGAGCAUAUCGACAAGAGUCUCAAGGCCCACAUCAAACAUCUCAAGAUAAUCUGCAAUAUCCGAAGCAAGAUGAUAUAAAUUAUCAAACUAUUAUUCCUCAAAACACCUUACAGGGUUCAGGUGAAGAAGCUCAAAUUACUCAAGAAUGCAAUAGACCAAAUUCUCAAGAACUUCAACAUGUAGGACAAGAAAAUCAUCCUCUAGUUCAUAAAAUAGAUUCUCAAGAUCAACUACAACCACAUCACCCACAGAGUACUUUCGAACAUACGGUGCCAGAUGCUCAAGAUGCUUCUUAUGUAGGACAAGAUACACAAUUCACACCAAACAUUUUACCAGAAAAUCGUCAAAGUACUCACGAUCUUGAGCCUCAACCACAUACAUCACAGGAUCUUCAGCCAGUAUUAAAAAUUAGUUCUGUUACAUCAGGUGUUCCUGUUAUUACACCAGAAUUUAAUAGUAAUCCUCUAAGCAAUAAUAAUGAUCAGGAAGUUCUAAAAGACAAUCAAGCAGAGACGGCAACUAUAGAAGGGGUUGUUGAACAAGCUAAAGAUCUAAAUUUGGAUGCACAACCUGUCCGAGAAACGCCACAAAACAUGCAAAAUUUCAAUAAUGAACCAGGCGCCGUCAAUGAUAUGGAAGUUGAUGAAAAUUAUGAAAAUGAUGAUGAUGAGGACGGUAAUGACGAUGAAAAUGAACUAGAAGAUGAGGACAAUGUCAUCGAUGAUGAUGCCAUACUGUGUAACAAUUUAGAAGAACGUCAAAAUUAUCAAAAUCAAGAAGUUUUAACUCAAAUUAGACCAGCAGCCUUAGCAUUACAUCCAUAUUUAGAAGACAUUUCGUCUAGUAGCAAUAGUUUGUUAAGUAAUUCUUUAUCACAGACGCCACCACCACCCUCACAGCCAGCGUCAGCUAGAACAUCCACAGCAUGUGCAGAACGGCGGCUUUUAAAUACUGAAGAGACUGAAAAUAUUUUAAAUGAAUCCAGUGAUGCUCUCAGUCGCCGUUCAACGGAAGUGGCUGCAACAUCGGCGGUAUCUGCAGGACAACUACUACCGCAACCACUUUUAGCCCAACAACUACCGCUACAUAUGCCAACAUUUAAUUUUGAUAAUAUCAAUGAAAUUGCUGAAAAUAACAAUAAUGCUAAUAUUGAGAGAGAACAACUACAAGAUGAACAACAGCAGCAGCAGAAUCAGCAACAAACAACAAAUACCCAAUAAUGUAACAUAAAAUAUUUUAGAUUUUAAGUAAAUCUUGCCCUCUUCCUCCACCCUCUACUUUGCACCCCUUCCCCUUUCCUUUCAACAUCUUUUUAUACUAAUUUAAACCCAUAUUUUAUAUUUUACUCACAUUUUUUAAUUUAAAUAAUCAAAAUUAUUUAAAUAUUCGAAAUAAAUUAUUGUAUUGUAAAUUGUACACUUAAGAUUACUAAUUAUAUACUAUUUAUAAUGACAUCUUAAUUUUUGAAUUAUAAUUACAAUAGCCGUAAACCAAACAAAAAAGGAAAACACAACAAAAUCUCAUUUCAAAAUUUUUAUUAUAUUUCAUUUAUUUAAAAUGAUUCUUCUCUAUUAUUUUAACUGUAUAGUUUGUAAUAUUUUUUCUUAUUUUCAAAAUUAUUUUUAAGGUUCUAAUUUAGCUUUUAAUACUAAAAAUGUGUCUAAUUUUAGAUUAUAAUAAUUUUUCGUAUAUUUUUUUAAUUGAAAUCAACCUUUAAAAAAGUAAAAAUUAAAUAAAAUGUAGAUUUAUUUGAUAUAACAAA